CUUACCAUCAACAUCGACAUGUCUCAAUCCCUCAACCUUUCCUCAACCGUCUUAUCUAACUUGACCGCUUCUGACAAUCCAAUCAAUUCAACAUCUUCAAUCUUACUCGAUCCAGGUCCAAUUUAUAAAUCUUAUACAAUUGGUUAUUUCUUCAUCGGUUUCGCCAUCACUCUUGCUUCUUCAUUACUCAAUGCAUUCGGAAUAAACCUUCAAAAACUUGAUCUCAAUCGUGCUCAGAGAUCUCCUAAACCUACAAAGGAUUGUCUCAGACCAGUUUGGGUCUUGGGUCUCGCUCUUUAUGUGGUCAGUCAAGUUCUCGGAAGCACGCUGGCACUUCAAUAUAUGCGAUCAGAAUACGUUGCCCCACUUGGUUCAACUUCCUUAAUCUUCAAUUUUCUUUUUGCUUGUUGGCUCUUGGGGACCAAAAUCACUCUACGAGAUGUAUUAGGAACUGCCAUCGUGAUACUUGGGGUGGUUGGAGUCAUUGGCUUUGGCAAUAUUCGACAAGCUGGUAUCGACCAAGAGGCGAACAUGUCCCUCUCUACCCUCCAAGCACUCUGGGCCCGACCACAAUGGCUGCUUUACCUCGGUUUACUCGAAUUCACCACCUUAUUUACUGUUUGGCUUGCAAGUAUAGCAUUCGAAUUAGUACAGGAAAAACGUGAUACCGAGAGUUCAAGCCGGGGUGUUGAUGACGAUGAGGUAGACGUUGAACGAGUACUUCGACGAGGUGGUGGUCGAAGCGCUGCCGGAACACAGUCAAGCUCCAUUGCUCGCUUCUUUGGCCCGAUGAUCGUACAAAAAAACUCUUUACGCAAUUCGCUCAAACAGAUCAUCGAACGUUGGUCAAUGACCCGACCGGAUGACACUUUAUUCAAACUAGAUGGUUUACUCUGGGGUACUGCUGCUGGUUUACUUGCUGGUCAAACUCUUGUCUUUGCUAAGAGUUAUGUCAAACUGAUUACCAAUGGGUUCAGUCAUGACGGCAGCGGAGAACCUGAAGAUCUCGCUCACCCACUUUCCAUCUUGAUCUGCUUCCUUCUUGUUGUCACUUCAAUCUUUCAAGUCUGGUGUCUUAAUCGAGGCUUGAAAGUUUAUGAUUCGACCCUCAUCGUACCAGUGCUUUUUGCUAUUUACACUGCCAGUGGAUUCAUCAACUCGCUCAUCUAUCUUCACGAACUACCCAUCUAUCGCAGCUGGGUGCUCUUUAUGAUUUGGAUCUGUAUCGCCGUCCUGAUCUUUGGUGUAUGGAUGUUAUCCGCUAAACGCCCCGAGCCAACAAAGUCGCAGGCCAAGGCACUCGAAGAUUAUUCAAGUACAGCUGACCCUGAAGGCGAGGCUCAACACACCACACUGGGAGCUCAUAACGAAGCAGGCAUGUCGAUGCUGGAUAAAACCGUGUUAUUCGAGUCAUUAAGUUCAUCAUCGAGAAUCCGUAAAUCACGCGAGCUACGUUCCAAAGAUUCACGUUCUCGUAGUGACAGUGUCAUGUCACUUGGAGAACUCAAAGAUCACCUUUCAGAUACCCUCAAGUCAACUCGAGAAUUGAAUCCAUUCGAAGAGUUUGAAGUCAAACCUGACCAGGAGGUAGAAGAAGAUGAGAUCGACGGAUUGGAGCCUUUUCCCGUAUCACAUCCUUUACCCAGUUAUCGUGAAGUACAUCAUCACCCUGACGAAUUCGGUGAAUAUAUGGAUGCCAAGUCCCAUAUACCGUAACUGCGAAGAAGAAGUCUUUUUUAUUUAAUUUUUAUUGCAUCAUUGUUUAUGUUCACACGUAUUUCGUUUGCAACUUGGAAUUCGUAGUCUUCAAAAUCCCUUAUAUGACCUAUAACCAUUGAAAACAUACUUGCUGGUUAUCUCAAAGUGACAUCCUCUUCUCAUUUUCUUUUCCUUCACUCUCAGGUCUGCUAAAUACAACAUAACAAAUCAGGUGAUCAAAUUGAUGUCAACCUUCUUGUGUUUCUGAUUUCAUUCUCUUAUGGUGAUAUGUUUGGGUUAAAACAAUGUGUCAGUUCUUUUUUGGAUUUUUUUUUGUUGCAAUGAUGUGUGUGAAGCAAAAGGAAAGUUACCAAAGUUUUAGAAACUUUUCAAUCAUUUUGUAUUUGAUUUCUUAUUAAUCUUUUUUUUAUUCCGGGUUUUUUUUUCGUCAUCAUAUACAUAGUUAGAGAUCAAUUUAGAUGUAUGAUUUUUUCUUUUUCUUUUUGUGAUGUAAAUUACUAUUUUUUUCUUUAGAAAACAAUGAAAUAGGCUGAUUUCUAGGCUGC